ACACUAUAUAUGACCUUGUCCCAGUCUUAUUUUGGAUUGUGAAUCCACUUUUGACGACGCGCUAGUUUCUUUGAUUUCGGUAUUUAAGACAUAGGGAUGCCAGAGGAAAUCAAACAUCUUUGGAGCACUUACUGAUGGAUAAUACAAACUGCUCCGACGUUCAAUUAUGUCAAGAGGUUGUUAAUCAGUUGCAAAUUUGUUUAACAGAAGAACUCAAAUCCCUAAAUUCGUACUCAGAAACACCUCCCACUCAUCCUCACUAUUCUCCUCAGUUAAACGCAGUCAGUCAUUCAGCUCAUACUGUUUCAAACCAAAUAUCUGUGAUUGAUUCAAAAGACCAAACGUCUAAUAGUACCAUUGUUCAAGACGAUAAUUUUGUAGCGGAUAUUGAACUAAUUAGUCUUACCAGUCAACGACAGUCAAUCCCACGCUAUCGUCUUCGAGUAGAUCCAUGCACUGCCUUCUUAGGUUAUAGAAACAAGGAUUUUAGAUCUGCCAGACGAAUUACUCGUGACUUUUCUAGCAAAUAUCCCUUGCCCAAAUCAUCAUCCGAAUUAACUACAAUAGGAUACAUUAGUUCCUAUACAACCAAUACUCUCAAUAGAACAACUGAACUGAACUCAGAGGAGGACCGUUCUGAAGGGGAAGACGAAAACGACGACACUCUCAGUUUAACAACAGAACAGAUUGAAAAUACUCUCGAUUAUUUUAUUCUUUGUGGUCUAAGAGUUAGUCAAAUGGCUCAAACUUAUGAAGAUUUGGAUGCUAUUACUCAGCUCUUAGAAGAAAAACAAACAGACCUUGAAUUGGCAGCGAAAAUCGGUAAAAAUCUAUUGGCGAAAAAUCAUGACCUUCAGUCGAGACUACUAGAGACUGAAAAGAAUCUUAAUGCACGUGAUGAGGUUAUUAGUCAGCUAAACCAUAAUCUCUCUGUGAAAGAUAAUUUACUACGUAUAUUCCUACGAGAUUCCGAUCAAAUAACUGAUAUUAAUGAUGAUGAAGUUAGUGUAUUAUCCAGUGGACGUACAUCACCUGUUCGCAGUCAGCAGGGAUUAUCAUCUAGUGCCGGAGGAGGUGAUGGAUUUUCCUUAUCUUCAGUCAACUUCGCACAUUUGCAUAAAAAACUUGAAGAUCUAGAAGAGGAAAAUAAUUUACUGCGUCAAGAGCGUAAUCGAUUAUCUACUACGGCGGACCAAUUAGAUGAACAUGAAACUGCAUUAGUUCGAGAUUGUGCACGUCAAUUAAUUACUGCUAAUAUACAUAUACGUAAUUUAUCCGAUGAGUUGGCUAAGAAGUCUGAUGCUUUCAUGAAUCAACAAUCUGAAAUUACUCGCCUACUUACAAGAGGUUUAGAUUUAGAGAAUCGUGUUAAACAGUUGACAGCAGAAAAUGAAAUGUUAAUUGGUCGACUGAAAGAAACACAAAUAUCGCAAUCAUUACUGACAAGUGAAUUAAAAAAUUCACGUGAUAAAUAUGAUGAGUGCCUAACACUUUAUAAUGAAGCUAGGUCGGAAAUUCGGGCCUUACGCAAACGUUCUCGUCGUGGUUAUUAUCGUCCUAACUCACUUAUAUCCACUAGUUCUGUAGUGAACACUGCAGUAUUACCCUCACUACCACCUUCCUAUUUAAGUGGAGCAGCUUUAACACCACAGUCAGAUCCGGAUCCUAUGCAAUACUGUCAUCAUUCGUCAUUUUCUGCUCAUCAGCUAGCUAGUGAUGGCAGUACAUCUUCUCUGGAUAUGUUGACCACACAAAAUCCAAAUUCAGAUUAUUUGGAAACUUCAUUAGCGGCAGAUUUGGUACAUACAAGAAUGAAAGAACAUGUGAAAGAUAAUAUAAAGCAUUUAUUUCGAGCAAUGGAUCAAGUUCGUCAUACGCGUACACUCAGUAAUGGUCCUACUCCUACUCCUACUGCUACUACCAUGAUUAAUUCUAAUAAUGACGAUAACAGUAGCCAUAAUAUUGUACUGAUUGAAUCAGGUCUGGAAGAUACUGUUUCUAGCAGUGGUUUUGUUAGUGGAUCAGAACCGUCAGAUAAUCCUCACAAACAAAGAUUCGUUAAAAGUGAACAAACAUCUAAUUCUGGAAGUCCGUAUCCAACUAGACCAUUUAUUCCAGAUUUUAUCAGUCCUAUUCACUCCGCUGAUGCUGAAAAAAGUAAAUCUAAUGUAGUGAAUUAUCGCUUUCAUCAAUAUACAAAUCCGAAUUGCUUAUUAGAGUCUGAAAAACGACAUAGUUGGUUGGGUUGUGACGUAACUGCUAAAUUAUCUGACAAAGGAUAUUACUCAAUUCCUGAUAGUGGAUUGAAUUUUCAAAGCAGCUUUGACGACAGUCUACUUUCAUGUGAUCCAAAUGUGGUCUGCACAAGUAAAUCAUAUUGCAAACUGCCUCAACGUUUGAAGCUGAUUAAACCAUUAGAUGGUUCUAAUGUUCUUCAACAUUGGCAGCAUUUAGCUACUCCUAGUUUUACCCGGGCACUUUUUGAAGCCCCACUACCUGGAGUUCAAAGUCGCGCUGGAGUAUCAGAUUCAACCAACACAAACUGUUCGACAGUGGCUAACACUACCGACUCUCGACAACGUCCUGUUUCAGUCGGAUCAUCACCUUGUAUUUCAAACAGUUCUGAAAUUCCACACAAAUGCAGUGUUUUAACUGCUCAUUCGCCUCCCGAUUUACCACAAGGUCAACCAAAUAUAAGAUUAGUUCAAGAAUCGUUAGAGAAGUGUACUAAUUUAAACCGAUUUGGAUUCAAUUCAUCAACAUGUUUGCUGAAUAAUCAACUAAGAACAAGAUCGUUAGAUCAUUUAGUAAUAGGAUCCUCAUCCUUAUCGUACAGUGAUAAAAAUAGUAACAAUGAUUAUAAAUCUAUCCAGUUUAAUCAAGCGUUUGAUCAUGUGAAAAGUGACGAAUCUGCAUCAUCAUAUCUUACUUCAUUUUCCCUAACUUCAUUAGUGUCUGCUAUAUUGCCGUUCACUACUGCUGUUCUCCCUUCAUCAGUAUCAUCAUCUGAUCCAAAAGGUGUCACAAUGAACAAUAAAUUAACAAAAGCAAAUACACGACUCAGUGAAUCAACACAUUUACGACCGAAAUGUCCAUCAUCAUCAACAGCGGCGACUGGUCUACAAGGUUUACUUGAUGUAAAUAAAGAAGACGCUGAUUCGUCAAAAUCAUUAUUACAUAGAACGUCAACAUCAAAAUCAAUUGAUCGUAGUGCAUUAUCUCCCAGUAGCAAUGUACCGAAUCCAAUUGCUCUUCCAAAUCCUCAACCACCAACAUUAAUUUCUCCUAGCGUUAAUCGUACUGCUAUUUCACAUUCACGUCCUGUACGUACUAGUAACUUGACAGAAAUCACUGAAGAGUCUGGUUCACCACCGAAAACGGAAAACGGUCAGAAAUCAUCGAUAUCUUCGGAAAAUCAAAAACAACCACAAUCUGAUGGAGUAGUAGUCUCAGAAAGAUCGAAAAAUUCAGAAUAGUAGAUUCAUUUAUUAAUGGAGUUGUUGAUUAGUUGUAUUAUUGUCUCAUAUAUAUUAAACAUUUAGAACGAAUUAUUUAAUAUUAUAUCAUCUGUGUAUCAGUUCCAUAUGAAAAUUUUAGUCUUUCAUUAUAUAUAUAUUGUACUUGUGUUUUCCCAUCAUGUAUUUUUACUGCAGUGAUCUUUACCAAUCACACAUAGAAACAUACACAUUACGUUACAAAAAUUACAUUUGUAUAAAACAGAACACUUCUAAGAGAGAGAGAGAGGUUAAAAAGUCUGAUUAUUUAUCAUUUAUUUAACGUUGUCUCUUCCAUUUUUCCUCAUGUUUUCGUUUUCACUUUAACUUUUAUAUUUUUAUUUUGUUCAGUCUAAUUAAUGUUGAAAGUAUGUUUCGUUCAGUUGAUAAUCUUUCAUUUUCAUAAUUCACAGUUUUCUUCAAUAGAUUAUUGCCUGCAUUUGAACUAUCGUUGUUUGGGUUAUUUUCAUUCUUUAUUGUUUUCUGUUUUUGAUAUUAUAAUAUUUGUUAUCUUUUAUCAUUUAAGAUUGAUAAUCAUUCUAGUGUAAUAGUGUUAUAACAAAGCAUGUGAAGUAAUCAUCAUCUAUCACACUGGAAAACAAACACUUCAUAAGAAUAAAGUUGAAUUUUGUGGUCAAAAAACAUUACGUUCUACUAGUACUACUAGUCUGUUAAAUUAGUGUUAUUUUUGUUUUAUAUAAAAAUUGUCAUCGCGACUUGUUGCUUUGUUGAAAUUCGUCUGAUUCCUCAGACAUUUGUUGUGUGCCUGUUUAUUUUACAUUUUUUUUCCUGUGGCCCAGUGACAUUAUUUUAGCCCCUCUUUUUAUGGAAAUAAAAUAAAUCAAUAAAAUUAAGUGAUAAUUGUUAAUUCCAUUUUGUUAUCGGAACAGUAGUUACACAAGUGAUUUGAUGUGAAUUUGUAAUUCAACUAUUAUUAUCUUUUUACAAAGUUAUUAGAUGUUGCUUACGUAUUGUAGUACGAAAAUAUGAGGACCAUACGCUGAAUACUUCAUUUGAAAAUUUUCAUCAUUUGUCUUGCACAUUCUGUGUGGUUCUUCCGAUGCACAAUUUUUUAUAAUUCCGUCUCUGUUUUCCCUUCGACUUGGUAUUCCUAGUCCUCUACCACCAGGAUUUCCACUUGCGAUUAAUGUUACAUACUACUUAUAUCUGUCGGCAUAAGUAGCAUACACAUAGUUACUAAAGAAAUCUGUAUGCAAAGAUUAAUUCAAGUGGCAAACUAAAAACUAGUUCAGACACGAUUGUCAAAUUUUUUUACAGUAGUUUUGUUUAUUCACUUUGACUUGAAUGUAUUUUGUCUAGUUUCGGCAUUGUAUUAAUGAUUCUUUACACCUUGUUGUUGAACUGACACGUAUGUGAAAUAUGUCAUUUGACUAAGCUUGAAAACUGUUUCUUAUUAUAUCUACCUUCUAUGCUAUUGAGCUUUUAAUUAUGUCGAAUGAAUCUAUGUAAUUCACAUAACACAUCGGAGUGUUCAUAUCCCAACCUAGACUAAUCGAAUUUUGGUCAGAAAUAUCAACACCAGGAUAAUCCAAACUGCGUAAAAUAAAAUUAUAUGAUUGAUGCUACCAUUAUUUCGGUUCAUUUACCUUUCAUCUUAGUUUCAUGUCACCGUGCUUACAUAGUAUGGCUUAUUAGAGCUAUAAAUAUUUGUUCCAGGCUUUUUGUUCAUUGUAACUUACUGGGUUAGAUUGACAACCCAAUAACUGAGUUAACUAUUGAGAAAACUGUAAUAUACACAAAAAGAGUAAUAUAUUUCUAAAAGAGGAAAAAGGUAGAUAAAUGAAGUUUUGCGGGUAAAAUGAAGUAAAAAAAUUCGAAUAUCAUGAGACGUUUUAGUUGUAAGUUCACAACGUAGCAAAUAAUUGAACUCUGAUAAUAUCCAGGUCAUUUGUAAGAGUUUAACCUAAUCAAUUAUAACUUAAAUUACAAACAAUGGUUAGAAGUCAUUAACUACCGCGAUAUAUGCGUUC